CUAGACGUCAUCCGUUUGUGCUCCGGCCCAGAGCUCUGCCUCUCUCCUCUCCCCGCUCCUCUCCGACUUGUUGCGCCGCUGUUUACCUUCUCGUUCCUGGAGCCCUGAGCGACGUCCAUGAACAUCCAUUCUCUUUCUAUUUCACUAUUUGCCUCUACUUUUCGCUUUUUGCCUCGGGCUUGGAAUGAAGCAACAAACGCACUUUCAGGAGUGAGCGUCAGCGCGGGGAGGGAAGCUGCCGCUGCCGCCGCUGCUUAAAAUGCAACACACGUGACCGUCGCUCGUCCAGACGGCACGCGCGGCGGAGGUGAUGGAAGAACCCGCGCGCAGAGGCUGGAAGAAAAGCCAACAAAAACAACACAAUCAACAACCACAACAACAACAAGGACUAGGACACGCAUGCGGACGCGAGGGCUGCGAGCACGAGCGACUGAGACGCCGAUCCGCUUCCACAGGUGAUCGGAGCGCAUUAUUGUUCCCAGAUAGCGCGGACAAAUACGCACGGAGGUAGAGCGCCAAAGAGGAGAGUAGAGAGGGCGACUGAGGGUGGGGGGGGGGCGGGACGUUUGGGCACGACGCAAACCCAAGCAAGGGGCACUGCGCGUGUGUUUCUGUGUGUGUGUGUGUGUGUCUCUGAUUGUCUGGGUUUUUGUGUGUGCGUGCCGAGAAGCGUUGCCCUUUUGGGGGUUGGAGAAAGAUGACCGUAGUGCUCGGGGAGAACCUGGAUGAGACUGUGGCACUUGCAGCCCUGUCCCAUGACGUGUACCGGCCCGAGCGGGGAGGGGACCAGGAGUGUUGCGAGCGGGUGGUGGUCAACAUCUCCGGCCUGCGCUUCGAGACCCAGCUGCGGACCCUGGCGCAGUUUCCCGCCACCCUGCUGGGCGACCCCCGCAAGAGGAUGCGCUUCUUCGACCCCCUGCGCAACGAGUACUUCUUCGACCGCAACCGGCCCAGCUUCGACGCCAUCCUGUACUACUACCAGUCGGGCGGGCGGCUGCGGCGGCCCGUCAACGUGCCCGUGGACAUCUUCAUGGAGGAGAUCAAGUUCUACGAGCUGGGCGAGGAGGUCAUCGAGAACUUCAAGGAGGACGAGGGCUUCAUCAAGGAGGAGGAGCGGCCCCUGCCGGACCACGAGUUCCAGCGGCAGGUGUGGCUGCUCUUCGAGUACCCGGAGAGCUCGGGUCCUGCCCGGGGCAUCGCCAUCGUGUCCGUGCUGGUCAUCCUCAUCUCCAUCGUCAUCUUCUGCCUGGAGACGCUCCCCGAGUUCCGGGAGGACUCCGGGAGGUCGCACGGCAACGGCGACCGAGCCCCGGCGCUAAACGGCACGACGGUGCGCGGCGGCGGCGGCGGCGAGAAGCCCAACCCGUUCACGGAUCCGUUCUUCAUCGUGGAGACCCUGUGCAUCAUCUGGUUCUCCUUCGAGUUGCUGGUGCGCUUCCUGGCGUGCCCGAGCAAGGCGGCGUUCUUCAAGAACAUCAUGAACACCAUCGACAUCGUGGCCAUCAUGCCAUACUUCAUCACCCUGGGCCUGGAGCUGGCGGAGCACCAGGGCAACGGCCAGCAGGCCAUGUCCCUGGCCAUCCUCAGGGUCAUCCGCCUGGUCAGGGUCUUCAGGAUCUUCAAGCUGUCCCGCCACUCCAAGGGGCUGCAGAUCCUGGGGAAGACCCUUCAGGCCAGCAUGCGGGAGCUGGGCCUGCUCAUCUUCUUCCUGUUCAUCGGCGUCAUCCUCUUCUCGAGCGCCGUGUACUUCGCCGAGACGGACGACCCCGACUCGGGGUUCAGCAGCAUCCCCGACGCCUUCUGGUGGGCCGUGGUGUCCAUGACGACGGUGGGCUACGGCGACAUGUGCCCCGUCACCAUCGGCGGCAAGAUCGUGGGCUCGCUGUGCGCCAUCGCCGGGGUGCUCACCAUCGCGCUGCCCGUGCCGGUCAUCGUGUCCAACUUCAACUACUUCUACCACCGCGAGACGGAGCACGAGGAGCAGUUCCGGUACACCCACGUGACCUGCGGCCAGCAGCAGCAGCUGCCCAGCUUCGGGGAGUUCAAGACGAGCGACAGCAAGCCGUCGCUGUGCAAGUCGGACUACACGGUCGACAGCGAGGGGGUCAGCGAGGACGCCGUGUCCAUCAAGUACACCAACUGCAGCCCGCAGAAGGUCACCUACUCGGCCAAGCUCACCACCGUGUGAUACUGCGUGGAGCAUGGCAGCGUUUUCUUUUGGGGGGGUUUGGGGAGAUGUGAGGGACGCUCUUUUUGUGUCCAGUGGGGGUAUCGCUGAGUCCUCACCGACCCGCGUGCUGUCGGUUGGGAGUACAGGCAUGCUUUCAUUUCUCUGGCGUCGCCCCAAAAUAUGAAUUAACGAGUUGUGCGGUGGAGAGUGUCAUGAGACACACAUGGACGAUUCCUAAUCAAAGACUCUCUAACAUUUCCUACACGGAUCAGUCUUCCAUCAUGUGCACCGUUAUUAUAAUAAUAAUUAUUAUUAUUUGAUCACCAUUGAAGGGACAAAAAAAAUAGCAGCGCUUUGAAGUUAUUGUCAGCUUAGGCAUAUCGUAGCACUUUAUCGACGUAUCCUUAGUAAUGUCAUUUGUAAUUUAAGUGUAAUUUAUUGCCCUAAAAUCGAAGGUUAAGGGUGUCAGAGUUUACAUUUGUCUUGUGGCUAUGUUGUUGGGGGAAAUCACGAAAAUAGAGGACCAAUUGAUCUAAGUUUGUGCGUGCGCAUCGUGGUCGAUCAUAAUUGGCUGGGUCAAUUGGCUGUUCAGCAUUUCACCGCCCGCCUGUCAGCUACGGUUUAGAGCGCAGGUGAACGACUCCAUACGUCAUCAAUCGUCAGCUUACGUCACCCGCAGUGACCAAUCAGUCCCGCGUCAAACCGGCCACCGCUGACACUGUAGGCCCAUUCUGCGGCAAGAGAGGGAUCAUAACGACUCGGUUGUCCACUGUUGCGCUUUUUC